CUUGAAGCGAGUGGUCGCACGUAUGGAUAGUAGUAAGAGUGAAGACCAAACGACCAUGGGUCAGAUAUCUAAGAAUAUGCAAGUUCCCAGCCAUGUAAACAGCAAAGAUAAGCAAUGGCAAAGCAAGAUUUUCUCGCCGGCGAGGGAAAUAAGUCUUCAGAACGAGCAGAAGACGUCGCAGAGCAAAUUCCAUCCCUAUGUUAGACCACAGACGUCGAACUCUGAAAACUUCCGCCAUUUAAUCCCGUAUUUUCCGCCGAGCAUUUUGUCCGGGUCCUGCCCAUCUGCGUGGGGACGAAACGACCAAAUACCAGAAGAUAAACGACGCCUUAACAACCAAAUACCUUCGGACCAUGCACCCAUACCCGGUGAUCAAAACUCCAGGUCAAAUCUAGACCAAAAAAAGUUGGAAAAGCAAAAAGAAGCGAACGAGACCGAAGCCAGAAAAGUUGAGAACUUUGAAUUUCUUCAGCAGCAGCGAUUCGGAGCAAAACACAAAAUGGCGCAUGCUUGCAAUGCUACGAUGAACGGAGAAGACAAUAUGAAUACGAAACCUACUACAACAUUAGGAUUGGACAAUCCAAUACACAAUUCAAAUCAGCAUGAUGAGGAAAACGUGCACGUAGUGACUUCGAAGAUGUCGUUUCCCUCACAAGGUGUCGCACAAGAAACAAACGACGUUCAUGAUGAAAUUCUUGAUGUGGUCGGUGCGGCACAAUCGAGCUUGUCGCCUUGUGUGACGUCACCAGCUACGUCACACGAUGACGUCACGAAGCAGCUUCUGUGUGAAAGAGAAUCUUCUCGAGUUUACUCCCCACAAAACGAGAUCAAGAAACGACCUAGAACAGCCUUCACUCCCGAACAAAUAAAACGACUCGAAGCUGAGUUUCAUAGAAAUAAGUAUCUCUCAGUUGGAAAACGAAUGGAAUUGUCAAAAGCGCUAAAACUGACAGAAACGCAGAUCAAAAUAUGGUUUCAAAACCGACGUACAAAAUGGAAGCGUGAAUAUCUAAGCGAGUGGGAGGUAUGGGCUCAUCAGAAUUAUUACGCCAUGCACGGCUUGUACGGCGCAGCUGCUUUUGGCGGGAAGCCAAGCCCUAGUUUCCCGCAGCAAGCCGUUAGAAACCCGGCCUUCGUGGGACCACCGAACCCUAUGUUACCGCAGUUUGCAAAGCCUGGUUUCGUACCUACCCCAAUGACCAACGCUGGCCUAGCGUCGCAGCAUUAUUCUAUGUUGCGUAACCACCUAACGAACGAGAACGCCUUACUCGACAAAGCAGGGGAGUACCAGAAGCAAUUGGAACAGCACCCAAUGAACUUCCCAAGGCUCUUCCCACCGAAUCCUCACCUCCCUGGCUUUCCACCCACUUACAACCCAGUGCUCCCACCAAUAACGUACUACAUGCCACAACAAGCGACCAACGAGUCAGUAUCGCCACGAGACAACAGCCCUCUAUCCUCAGAUCGCUCCCCUAACCCUACUCCACCGCCUUCCGAAAGCCCGCCAUCUAACGACACGAAUCAACGAAACUUCCAGAAAUCCCCGGACCUUCACUCAGGUUUCCAACUUCCUACCUUACACCGACCAAGGGUCGCCUUACCAGGGACGUUCCCACCCACCCACCAUGGUUUCCUCCCCAACCUUAUAGCAGGAGGGGCCCUCCUCCGCCCUUACUCCCUCCCCCCAUCUUUUUCGAGCUCCCUCCCGAUUCUGGGAGUUUCACGCCCCCCAGGUCACAUGACAGCGCCGUCUCCUAUUGGUCAGUUAACCGUUCCUCCCCGCGUACCCGUGUCGCCCACUACCUUACGACGUUAAACGUCUUCCUAGUAAUUUCAAACACUAUUUUUAAAGUACUCGUUUUUUAUUCUUUCUUCCCGCUUAAAUACUGUGUUAUUAGCAGUCAUGAGUUUAGUUUGAAAUUCUCCCGAAAUUCGCUUUUCUAUCACCGCCUGCCAUCUGUUGUUUUAAAUCAUUUUUAGCGUUUUCGGCAGCAGCCUGUACUAGCAUUCGUGCCGGACCACCAAAGUAUCGUAAUUAUCAAAUUAAGCCGCUUCCCACUUUUAGGUAUUUAUUUAUAUUCUGUCGCUAUCCGUCUUGCUUAUACGAUGCGGUUGUAUAUAAUCAAUGGCCCGGCCCAAGUGUCUGCUGGCGCGGACCUAAUAAAAUACGAGGCACCUUGCCAA